AUGAGUCCAGAGCCUGGCUACGCCAAGUUUCUAAAGAUCAUCUUAUCAAAUAAACGUAAGUUAGGAGAACAUGAGAUGGUGAUGCUAACUAAAAAAUGUAGCGCGAGAAUUCAGAAGAAGCUCCCAUCGAAAUUGAAAGAUCCAGAGAGUUUCACAGUCCCUUGCAUUAUUGGUAAAGUUUAUUUUUAUAAACCUUUAUGUGACCUUGUUACAAGUAUUAAUUUAAUGUCUCUAUCCAUUUUCAAAAAACUUGGAUUUAGAGAAGCCAAGGCUACCGCUGCGACAUUACAAUUAGUUGACAGAUCCUUAACAUGUCCAAGAGUGAUAAUAGAAGAUGUGCUAAUCAAAGUGGAGAAAUUUAUAUAUCCUGUCCAUUUUUUCAUCGUGGAGAUGAAGGAAGACAAGGAUAUACCACUGAUCCUAGGCAAACCAUUCUUUUCCACCGGUAGAGCUUUAAUUGACGUUCGAAAGGGGCUGUUGAUUUUGAGACUUGGAGAAUAG